UAUGCACCAGGCGCUGCUACAAGGAGGCUGUUCGUGACGCCAUUUUAGCUGAUGUGCAUUGGGGUGCAGCCUGGGAGGGAGAGAGAGAGAAGAAAAUUAGGCACGCAAAAUUAGUUUUUUAUUUUUUAUUUUUUUAUUUUAAAAAUAACACAUUACGGAACAACUUUCUUGCUGUUAAGCUGUUUAAAAUUAAGUAACCAUGUCAGCAGAAGCAACAGUAGACCAGGCAGUGGAGUAUGUUCCAGAGAAGGUGAAGAAAGCCGAAAAGAAGCUGGAAGAAAAUCCAUAUGAUCUUGACGCUUGGAGCAUUCUGAUACGAGAGGCACAGAACCAACCUAUAGACAAAGCAAGGAAGACCUAUGAGCGACUUGUUGCCCAGUUCCCAAGUUCUGGCAGAUUCUGGAAACUAUUCAUUGAAGCAGAGAUUAAGGCAAAAAACUAUGACAAGGUUGAAAAGCUGUUUCAGAGAUGUCUCAUGAAAGUGUUGCAUAUUGAUCUGUGGAAAUGCUACCUGUCAUAUGUUCGAGAAACCAAAGGCAAACUUCCUACUUACAAAGAAAAAAUGGCACAGGCAUAUGAUUUUGCCUUGGAUAAAAUUGGCAUGGAGAUCAUGUCCUAUCAGAUAUGGGUUGAUUACAUUAAUUUUUUAAAAGGAGUGGAAGCUGUAGGAUCCUACGCAGAGAAUCAGAGAAUUACAGCAGUUCGUAGAGUGUACCAGAGAGGCUGUGUAAAUCCCAUGAUUAACAUUGAACAGCUGUGGAGAGAUUACAACAAAUAUGAAGAGGGCAUUAAUGUUCACUUGGCUAAGAAAAUGAUUGAAGACCGCAGUCGUGACUACAUGAAUGCCAGAAGAGUAGCAAAGGAAUAUGAAACAGUUAUGAAGGGCCUGGAUCGAAACGCACCAUCUGUGCCUCCUCAGAAUUCCCCACAAGAGGCUCAGCAGGUUGAGAUGUGGAAGAAGUACAUUCAGUGGGAGAAGAGCAAUCCUCUUCGGACUGAGGACCAAACACUCAUCACAAAAAGAGUAAUGUUUGCCUAUGAACAGUGCCUGCUGGUGUUGGGGCAUCAUCCUGAUAUUUGGUACGAAGCAGCUCAGUACCUGGAGCAGUCCAGCAAGCUGCUAGCAGAAAAGGGAGAUAUGAACAAUGCUAAGCUGUUCAGCGACGAAGCUGCAAACAUUUAUGAGCGAGCUAUCAGCACUUUGUUAAAGAAAAACAUGUUGCUCUACUUUUCCUUUGCAGACUAUGAAGAGAGUCGCAUGAAAUAUGAAAAGGUGCACAGCAUAUACAACCGCCUUGUGGCAGUAGAAGACAUCGAUCCAACGUUGGUCUACAUCCAGUAUAUGAAGUUUGCAAGGCGAGCAGAAGGUAUCAAGUCUGGUAGAAUAAUAUUCAAGAAAGCAAGAGAGGAUCUUCGAACACGUCAUCAUGUCUAUGUGUCUGCUGCAUUGAUGGAGUACUACUGUAGUAAGGACAAAUCGGUGGCUUUCAAGAUCUUUGAGUUAGGUUUGAAGAAGUAUGGAGACAUUCCAGAGUAUAUAUUGGCAUAUAUUGAGUAUCUGUCUCACCUCAAUGAGGACAAUAAUACCAGAGUUUUGUUUGAGCGUGUUUUAACAUCUGGAAACUUGUCACCUGAGAAAUCUGGGGAAAUCUGGGCUCGCUUUUUGGCGUUUGAGAGCAACAUUGGAGAUCUAGCCAGUAUCUUGAAGGUGGAAAGGAGGAGGUUUACAGCUUUUAAGGAGGAAUAUGAAGGAAAAGAAACGGCAUUGCUGGUCGACAGAUACAAGUUCAUGGACCUCUACCCCUGCUCUUCCAGUGAACUGAAAGCACUUGGUUACAAGGAUGCCUCUCGUGCCAAACUAGCCAGUAUGAUUCAAGAAACUGUAGUGGCUCCUUCUGUCACGCCAGCACUCAAGGAUGAAGCGGAUAGAAAGCCUGAAUAUCCAAAGCCAGACACAAAUCAGAUGAUACCAUUCCAGCCAAGGCAUUUGGCACCUCCAGGGCUUCAUCCUGUGCCAGGCGGUGUGUUCCCGGUGCCUCCUGCCACUGUGUUUCUCAUGAAGCUACUGCCACCUCCACCAUGCUUCAUGGGCCCUUUCGUGCAGGUUGAAGAGCUCAUGGAGAGCUUUAGAAGAUGGAAACUACCAGAAACUGUGGAUGCAGCAGUGGAAAUCAUCACUGGCAGGCAGCCUGAAUUGGCUACAGAGGGAAACGGACCUGUAGAGAACAAUGCCAUGGUUAACAAAGCUAUGAAGAGGCCAAACACUGACUCUGAUGAUGAAGAGGAAAAGGGGGCUAUAGCUCCUCCCAUACACGACAUCUACAGAGCCCGGCAACAGAAGAGAAUCCGAUGAACCCCGCAGCUGGGAACCUUUACUGUGAAAGACUCCUGUCUGCUGAGGCAUCAUCCUCUCGCAUGGUGUGCUGAAAGACUGGUUCAUCCUGGGGUUUCAAAAAAACAUGAUUGUGGUUCCACCGAGGAAGAGAUGCACAAGAUGCAUUUUGUGUAAAAAUAUACAUUUCCAAUUUUUUUUUUUUUUUUUUUUUUAAAAAGCAACAGGUAAGAACACAAAUUCAGCUUCAUUCUUGUAUGCGGUUUGAUGAAGUCUUGUGUUUUUUGUUUCAUCGGUUUUAUUUUAAAAACUGGGUGGCUUAUAUUGUACAAAGUUUUUAAUUACAUACCGUAAUUCAACACAAUGUUCUGAGUUUGCCAUGUCUAGUUUCAAUAUGUAUGGCAAAAUUGAUUUAAUUCUGUUUUGUAGUCCAAAGGAGUAAACAAAUCCUUCAAAUAAAAAAAAAAAAAACAAAAAAAAAAACAAAUAUGUUUGGUAGUAUUUUAUUUGUUUUAAAGCUGCGUUCCCCCCCCCCCCCACACAAUUACACAAAGCCACAUUAGGAGUUAUUUAUGCAAGAAGUUAAAAUCAUACACUCCACCUACAUUGUAGAUGAGCAAUCUAUCAAAAACUUUCUCAGCACCUUGGGUCAACCAUGGUAUGUGCAAAUGAAGACAAAAUGGCACACAGUGCCCCUGUUAAGACAUAGUUUCUCUUUUCAAAAUAAAUUUGAAAAGCGAUGCUACACCUUUUGAAAAUACUAUAAUUUAAAACAUAUUUAAUUCUUAAGACAUAUUAAAUAAAUUUUCUGAACAAAACACAAUUGCAAUUUUAACUAAUUUGUGAUAAAAGAAAAUUAGAAUAAGUAACACUUCAAAUAAACUAAUUUAUUUUUAAUAUUGGUUCAUAUGAAUCCAAACUUGAAUAAUGCAGCAACAGUGAGUUAUCACUGACUCUGGAACGCGUUAACAAAUGAACACAAUUUAAUACGAAUGAAAAUCGGCCAGAAAAACAAAAUGCAGUAGCAAAAAAAUACUGUUUUCAUAUUACCACGAGGCACUGUUUCUUGAUGAGGGAGAGUCUGAGCUUUAAAUGCAUGAAGGAAUACAUUAAAAAAAAAAAGUGACACUAGAGAAAUGUCACUGUAGGUGGAAACAAGCUGAAGGCUCACAGUUGCAAUCUACAUAGUCUAAAUCUUAUUGCAAGCCAUAUGUGAUAAUCCAAUUAAAGGUUGCUCUAGCUUUUUCCUAGGUGGUUGGAUUAACCUUUGAGUGCAUCGCCUUAAAUCUGUUCUUUUCAAAACAAACAGCACUGCACUAAUGUGUGGAGGCACAGCAAAGAAACCCAUACGAUAACUAAGCUGGCAUACCAAAAUAACAAAUGGGUGGCUUACUCACACAACAUUCUUAUAUGAUUAAAUCAUAACCCUCGUUGGUGCUGUGUAAAAUUGUGUGGAUACCCACAGAAUUGAUAUUUAACCUGGUUCAAUCAAAGACAUUCUGAUUUGUGCUAAAUUAAGUUACUAAAGCAAAGUCAUUAAGCACACAGUGACAGGUUGGCAUUGCUUUUCAUGCCAACCUGAUUGCCUUAUAUUUGUAGGCAAUGCAUGUAAAAAAAAAAAAAAAAGCAUUAUACCUAGGGGUUUUGAUUUAUGGUUUUAACUGACAGAAACCAUUAAAACACCAGAUAUAAAAUUAAAGCUGUGUAGCGCCAAUAAACACCAGAAAACACUGCAAUUGGUUACUCAAUUCCCUUGACUUCACUCCUUUCCUGUUUAAAAUAACAAAAACAAACUACCUUUCCCAGUGCAGUUGGGCAGUAUUCUUCCUGUCUGACUUGUAUCGAUCAUUGAUUCCAUCUGAAUACUUUAAACCCGCCCCCAACUACUGAGUGACAGCACAUUCUUGCAUUUCUACUGGAGACUCUGCUCGCGAGAGUAAAACGAGAUUAAAAUUAGAAGGCUUGUUUGUGAUUUAUAGCUAUAUUAGUUAGGUAGAAUAAAACAGAAUUGCUAAUUGUGGUAAAAUGUAAAAAAAAAAAAAAAAAAGUCUAAACACACAAAAACCCCAGAAGAACAUAACAUGACCAUUUCGUUGAGGAAGAGAGCAAAGGAAAUAAGGUACUGUCAAGUUACUAUACAUAUUGUGACAGAAAAAAAACGGCCAAGCAUUUUGGAAAGUAACUGAAAACAAUU